GAUUUCGGCCUACCAGCUGGCUGUAUCUCAUGGCGAAGCGCUUUUCCGACUGGUUUUUCCUCCCCAAAAGAAGUGAGCACCAGGAUAACCACAGCUUUUGCAAAUCUCAGCGGUAUUCUUCGAGCGGCCAAAGGUCUUCCGCUAAUGAUCACCAACAUUCAUGGGAUAAGCCCGUAUCUUAGAGAUACAGAGCCAUGCGCUGCAGAAGUUCUAUGCACCACUGAUCAGGGACACAUCGAAGAUGGACAUAGAAUGCCUGCUCAACGUGCUGUUCCACCCUAUACGGGUGCUGUGACAGUUCAUCUCAAACUGGAGUAUUCCGGAAAAUGGGGCAGCACUAUUGAAGGGAUACGCCAGCUAUCGGCUGCGUUUUACAUAGAGAUUGGAAAAUAUCUUAGGGAGAAGCAUAAGCUUAUAGCGGUACCAACAAUGGAUCAGCUGCUCGUUGUGAAAGUUGGUUUUUUUGCUUUAUGA